AUGCUAGCCCACCUCUUCGGAACCCCCACCCAACCUCCCCUCUUCCUCGCCUUCCGCUCCUCCCGGACCUUCAUAAUCCUCACCGUCGCCUCCGCCGUCUUCACCGACAUUUUCGCCUACGGCAUCGUCGUGCCCGUCUUCCCCUUUGCCCUCACGACCCGCGCCUCCAUCCCGGAGUCCGAAGUCCAACGAUGGAUUUCCAUCUUCCUCGCCGUCUACGGCGCCGCAUUACUCGUCGCCUCGCCGAUAUUCGGAUACCUCGCGGACCGCAAUGAUAGUCGACAAGUCCCGUUUCUGGGCGGACUGCUCGCCUUGGGAGCCAGUACGGCGAUGUUGUGUGUGGGGAAUAGUAUCGCCAUCUUCGCGGCGGGGAGAGUACUGCAGGGCAUCUCGGCGGCGGUGGUGUGGUGUACGGGAUUGGCGUUGUUGGUGGACGCCGUCGGACCGGAGGAGAUUGGCGUGGCGAUGGGCUAUGUGGGGUUGUCGAUGAGUUUGGCCGUCAUGUUGGCGCCGUUGUUGGCGGGAGUGGUGUUUGAGACGGCGGGGUAUUAUGCUGUGUAUGCGAUGUGUUUUGGGUUGAUUGGGGUGGACAUUGUGAUGCGUAUCGUUAUGAUUGAGCCGAGGAAUGCGAGGAGAUGGCUUAAAACCGAGGACAUUGCCACACCGCCAGAGACCUCACCACCAUCAACUCCACCUUCAAAAAUCCGCCUCUUCCUCCACCAUCUCCCUCCCAUCGUAACCCUCCUCUCCUCCCGCCGCAUCCUCGCCAUCCUCUGGGCCUGCACAAUGGCCUCCUCACUCAUGACCUCCUUCGACGCCAUCCUGCCCCUCUUCGUCCGAGACACAUUCUCCUGGUCAUCCCUCGGCGCCGGGUUAAUCUUCCUCCCCAUCGUCAUCGCCUCCCUUCUCGGUCCCUGGAUUGGAGGACUCGCGGACCGCUAUGGACCUCGAUGGUUGGCCACCUCCGGCUUUAUACUGGCCACGCCGUUCUUGGUACUAUUGAGGUUGGUGGAUCACAACAGUCUUAGUCAAAAAGUCAUGCUGUGUGCGUUUCUAGUGGUGAUAGGACUGGGACUGAAUCUAGCGUUGGUCCCACUAAUGGCAGAGAUAACGUAUGCGGUGCAGGCGAAAGCGGCGAGAGCGGAGGUCGGGGCAUUUGGGAGGAAUGGAGCGUAUGCGCAGGCUUAUGGGUUGUUCAAUAUGGCUUGGGCGGCGGGGAGUAUGAUUGGUCCUCUGUUAGCUGGGUUGAUUGUCGAAGCGCAUGGAUGGAGUCUUGCGACGUUGAUUUUGGGGAUUGUGAGUUUGGUUACGGCGGUGCCGACGGCGGUUUGGACGGGGGGGAGUUGGUUUAAGGAGAGGAGGAAGGGGAAGAUGGUGGGGGUUGGGGUGGAGGGGGGUGAUGCGGGAGGGAGGGGAGAAGGAGUUUAG